AGUUCAUUUUGUGAAUAUGGGUUUUAUCUUGAGAUCAUUGGUUUUACGAAAGUUUGUGUCUUUGUCUUUGAAUAGUUCUUAUCUGAGAUUUUAUCUGUAGAUUUCCUUCUUAUUUCUCUUUGACUUCUGAGCUGUCUGUACAUAUCUAAAAGCUAGGGUUCUUUACGAAACUGUGGUCGGUUUGAUCUGUCUUUUUUUAUCCGACCUUGUGAUCCGUCUAUAAUUGAACGCGUUCUUUAAUAUCAGCUCUCAACUUUAGGAUCCAGUUCUCUAGUUUCUUACUAAUUAUUCUGUAAAAUUUACGGAAUGGUCUCCACCUUUAGGAUCUGCUACUCAAGUUUUGAUCUUAGAAUCUCUACCACUCGGAUUCAUGUGUACUUCGCCACUGCAUUGUUUAAUUAUUAUUAUAUAUGUGGUGAUCUUAGAAAAAAAACUGUGUUUUGCAUAACCGGUGAAUAGUAAUUGUCCUGUGAUGAUCAGUCCAGUAUCUCAAGUUAAGCUAUACUAUUCAUAAAGCUUUUGUUUUAUAGAUUUGGACACUCUUAAGUCUUAAUGGCUGCUCUGUUUCUUUAGACAUAGAGAUUUAGCACUCAUAUCUUCUAUGAUCAAUCCUGUUUCUGAACUUAUUGUACACAAUUCGUUUGCCUUUUUUGUUCAUAGAUUUACUCUAAUGGCUAUGUUUCCUUCAGAUACGGGUGUGAAAUAUCAUCUCUCCCAACAAAUGUCCAUCAGGAGGCCUCAAAUCCCGCGGCUUCUUCUUCAAAACGUCUCUUGUAUGAGAAACGCGCAGCAGAUUCUAAGACAUGUGAACGUAUCUCGUCAUGACGGUGGUGCACUUGUCUUAACUGGAACCAACGGAUCCGGUAAAUCAACGUUCUUGAGAAUGUUAGCUGGAUUCUCAAAACCAUCUGCUGGAGAAAUCCUCUGGAACGGUCACGACAUAACUCAGUCGGGAAUCUUCCAACAGUACAAACUCCAACUCAACUGGAUCUCUUUAAAAGACGCCAUCAAAGAGAGAUUCACUGUACUCGACAAUGUCCAAUGGUUUGAACUUCUCGAGAAUAAAAUCGGCAAAGCACAACCGGCAUUGGAGCUAAUGGGUUUAGGGAGGUUGGUGAAAGAGAAGUCAAGAAUGUAGUCAAUGGGUCAGAGGAAAAGGUUGCAACUUGCUAGGCUACUCGCUAUCGACAGACCGAUUUGGCUUUUGGACGAACCAUCAGUUGCUUUGGAUGAUGAAGGAGUUAGAUUGCUCGAGUAUAUCAUUGCAGAGCAUAGGAAAAAGGGAGGGAUUGUGAUUGUUGCCACUCAUCUUCCUAUUGACAUUGAAGAUGCUAUGAUCUUGAGGCUUCCUCCUAGGUUUCCAAGAAAAAUGACUUUGAUUGAUAUGCUUGAUCGUGCAGACAUUUCUUAGUAGAAGAAUCAAAGGGUGUUUUAUUUUGAACCUUGUGUAAUGCAAUAUGAGUAUAUCCUCGAGCAGAUUUGGUUAAAGCAUUUUUGGUAAA